AGUGAUUUUAAGAGGUAGCGACUCAGGCGAGGAGGAGGAGGGAGGAGGAGUAGAACGCAGGAGGGGGAGUGCUUGACGGAGUUGGAGGCUCACUGCCGGUCUGUCUUUGCCGCUGAAGGGACGCUGUUGAACGUUCACUCAUCUUUUUCACCCUCUUUCAUUGGCUCAAGCUGCUCAUCAGACUCUUUUUUUUUUUCUCAACAACUUCCUCUGGUGGCCUCCAUCACUUUCGUACGAGAGCCUAACGCUGACUGGAUAAGUGCCUCGAAGUGGACCCCGGCUUUCCCUCAGCACUUCACUGCUUACUCUGAGGACUCUGAUUUUGGCUCGGUGGAGAAUUUUUUUUUUAAAGGGGCGUUAGAAGAGCCUCGGAGGCCUGCUACGGACCCCUGGGUGCUCUGUCGACAUGGCUACCAACAGGGAGCAGCAGGUGGGUCACUUGACCGGCUUCCCGCCUGCUGUCUACCCCUUCCCCUUCAACUCCAUGAGAAGCCACUCCCCCUUUGACCUGCUAGCCAACAGCAGCCUGUUUGGAAGAUUUGGGGCUGACCUGCCAAAGGAGAUGGCUGCUCUCUCGGUGGAGACCCAGAGUACCAGCUCAGAGGAGAUGGUACCCAGUUCGCCAUCUCCCCCUCCCCCACCUCGUGUCUACAAACCCUGCUUUGUGUGCCAGGACAAGUCCUCAGGGUACCACUACGGGGUCAGUUCCUGCGAGGGCUGCAAGGGUUUCUUCCGUCGCAGUAUCCAAAAGAACAUGGUGUACACCUGUCACCGAGACAAGAACUGCCAGAUUAACAAGGUCACACGCAACCGCUGCCAGUACUGCAGGCUGCAGAAGUGCUUUGAGGUCGGCAUGUCCAAGGAAGCGGUGCGCAAUGACAGAAACAAGAAGAAGAAGGAUGUGAAGGAGGAGGUAGUGCUACCAGAGAGCUAUGAGCUAAGUGGAGAGCUUGAAGAACUGGUCAACAAAGUCAGCAAAGCUCACCAAGAAACAUUUCCUUCACUUUGCCAGCUGGGAAAAUACACCACCAACUCUAGCUCGGACCACCGUGUUCAGUUGGAUCUGGGUCUCUGGGACAAGUUCAGUGAGCUCUCCACCAAAUGCAUUAUCAAGAUUGUGGAGUUUGCCAAGCGCCUGCCAGGCUUCACCACCCUCACUAUUGCCGACCAAAUCACUCUGCUGAAGUCGGCCUGCCUGGACAUUCUGAUGCUGAGAAUCUGCACACGCUACACCCCUGAACAGGACACUAUGACCUUCUCAGACGGCCUGACUUUGAACCGAACUCAGAUGCACAACGCUGGGUUCGGACCACUCACAGACCUGGUGUUUGCCUUUGCCGGCCAACUUCUACCCCUGGAGAUGGAUGACACUGAAACUGGUCUCCUCAGCGCCAUCUGCCUCAUCUGUGGAGAUCGCAUGGAUCUCGAGGAGCCAGAAAAAGUGGAUAAGCUACAAGAGCCUCUGCUAGAGGCUCUUAAGAUCUACGCUCGUCGCCGUCGCCCCAACAAGCCCCACAUGUUCCCUCGCAUGUUGAUGAAGAUCACUGACCUCAGAGGGAUCAGCACAAAAGGUGCAGAAAGAGCCAUCACUCUGAAGAUGGAGAUCCCUGGCCCGAUGCCUCCUCUGAUCAGGGAGAUGCUUGAGAACCCCGACGCGUUUGAUGACCAAACGGAGUGCAACGAGAACGCGCCGCCCCCGCCACCUCCGCCGCCGCCGCCGCCGCCGCCAGCGUUGGUUGUGAAGCAAGAGGCUGAGGACGAGGACGACAGCUGGGGCACAGAAAACUGCAGCGAGCCAUCACCAGAAGAGGAGGAUGAGGACGACGACGACGACUUGGGAGACGAGGAGCGAGACCGAGGCUCGGACAGUGACGGGGAGCCCUGGGGAGUUUUGGAUAACUUAGAUGGGUCAAGGAAAGGCCUUGUGGGGAGGGCGCAGUAAAGAGAACAUUUCAUACACAUAUAGGCUCUUAAUACAAACGCACACAAACACGCACCCACACCCCACGUGCCCACACACACACUAACACAUAGAAAUACAAUGAAACCUCACUCUCUCUUCCUCCUGAAUACAAAAAAAAAAAGAAAAUGCUGGCCUUUCCUUUCUCCCGCUGCUCUCCUUGCUGCACAUCACUGUGUCCUCCUGAUUGGAGCACAGCACAGCCUUAAGUGUUCAGACGCUUCCAACUCAGGCCACACGGUCCAUGACUCGUGACACGGAAACCGUAGAAACAUAAAGUCAAGAAGAGACGGCAAUAGACCAUAUGAACUCCUGGCUUAGCCAUAAGAGGAGUUGACAUGACAAGGAACGUAACCUCUUUGAAAAGCUAAAUAUUUCCUUUCUUUCCCUCUAUUGUUCUCGAUAUCUAAAAUAGGGGGAUAGCCAAACCAGAUACCAGAACUGAGCAGUUGAAUUCCGACGGAUUACAACAAGCACAUUAUAACAAAAGUACAGGGCAAUACCAAAUUGAGUAUGCUAACCCUUUUAUUUUUAUUAUUAGUUUGUGGCUGUUGCUUUUGAACAUUGGUUUCUGAUUGUUUAAGUUUGAAUUACUAAAUAAGUUCAUACAUAUCUAUAUAAUGUUAUAUUUUGUCUUUCAUGUGUUUAUUCUGGUUUUAUAUAUGAAUUCUUUUGGUAAUUGUUUCUUUUUUUUUAAGUUUCCUGGGAAGACAUUCAGAGGGAAAGAGGCAUCAUUACAGCUAGCUGGGUCUUCCUUACGAUCUGCAGAAGCCUAGCUCUAUCUUCUUUUUUUUGUUUGUUUUGUUUUGUUUUUGUAGCGCCUUAGCUUGCUGCAGAUCUCAAUGAUAAUCAUUCAGAACUAAUAUUGUGUUUGCAGUGACCCAAUCGGUUUCUGUUAUCAGGGAAUUGACUUUUUUUUUUCUCUCUCUUUUGCUGCCAUUGAAGCCAAUAUGUGCAGGAAGUAUCUUUGUGCCAAAGUUUGGGAAAGUCAACUGUUGAGAAUGAGUUUGACUACAGGCAGGGACUCCAGUUACAAUCAGGCGUUACUCACACUAAAGUGCUUACUUCUCAUGUGCACUAAGAACACAUCCUCAGUCACUUAAAGAACACACACUUUCCUUAGAUUUCUCCUAGUAAGAGAUGUGCCUCAAUGGUUCAGUGUGCUGGGACAAAGAUUUACACUUGACCAUUAAAGUAGCACUUUUGUCAAUUAUUUGGUCACAUCUUAUCCUUUAGGAUUAUAGCCUCCAUCUCUGAGCAUAAUAUUCCCCUUUAGCAUGUCUGGACUAGGGAUGCGGCGUGUAAACGUCUGAUUUUCAGAUUGAUUCUCCCUGAUCGGUUGACUGGCUGGCUGGAAACUCAAAAGUCCAAUCUUUUUUCUCUCCAAUCUGUGAAUGCACCAUACGAAAGUGCGCUCAAGCUGCACUGACAACAGUUCUCUUCGGUGUGGAAGUAGUUACUUCAAGAGGAACUUGCUGGUUCUAAUUAUCAGUGUGCUGUUUGUGAAAAUGAAGUCAGAGGAAGCACAAAAUCUGUCAGAAGUCGGUUUGAUUAUCCAGACGGCCAUGGCAGAGAGCUAAAUUCAGUGUGUUCUCAUCUAUUCUUACUUUUGCAGUAUUCUUUGAUUUGUGAUCAGAUGCUCUGGGUACAAGAAGUAGACGGCUGCGACAGGAUGUCAGUUUGUGCCCACCUUUUGAAUGUCCCAUCGAUGACUGGAAGUUGGAACAUAUUACAGCAAAAUUGCUUUGAUUUAUUCCUUUUGAAAAUUCAGCCUCUUGGCUGUUAUGGGGCAUGAUUGAAACAUUGGGAUCUGUGUUAUCCAGGAAGCAUACAUGAAGACAGGUUUUUUUCUACAGUCAGUAGGCCUAUUAUUAAUUGUACCAAGGAUGCAGAUUGCUAAUAUAAGAUGCUUAAUUCUGACAGAUGACAGACUUAAAUGUUAACUGCUUCACAGGAAGGCUGCAAAAAAUAUGUUCAACACUUUAACUUCACACUACAGGCCAAAAGUUUGGAAGCAUGUUUCUAUUGAGAAUACCUUCUUAAAAAAAAACAAAAAACUUCUUAAUAUUUUUUCAGUUCUUCUAUAGCAUGAUCUGACUCUGUUUUCGUUCAUUUAAGCAACCCAGUAGAUGUUGGAGCACUAAGAAAGAAAGGGCUUAGUUUUAGAGUCAAGAUUCGCAAGAGUCACAACUUUUGUGCAUAGGUAAAAAAAAAACAAUAUACAGAUGGCAUAUUGUAUAUAUGGUAUAUCAUUCUCUUAUUUAAGUCAGAAGAGGUUGCUUUGAAGAAGGAAAAGUCCAGUAAAAAAACCCUCAAAUAUGUUAUAAUCCUGGUAAAAAUGUAUUCUAAUCAUUGACUCGAUAUCAGGGGUCCAGUCCUUGUGAUCGACUUUCCUGUAACUUUCAGAUGCAUCCUUGCUUCUACACACCUGAAUCACACGAAUGGAUAUUUGUAGGUCUCUGCAGAGCUAAAGUGAAGCUGAUGAGAUAUUUGAUUGAGGUGUGUGACACAAGGGAGGCAUGUAAACGUUGACACAUGGUAGAUCUCAAAGCCUGGACUUGGACUGCUCUACAUGAGAGUACUGUUUAUUUUGUUGCAGAAUGUAUAAAAAAAAAUCUAUACUGUGUGCAAAAAGUUAACGUUGCUUCCAAACAUUUGGGCAAGCUCUGUAGCUUGUGUUGUAUAUUUCUCCCCAGUCCUCUCUUGCAAAUGAGAUCCGGAUCUUAACGGGGUUUUACCUGGUUAAAAAAACGGAAAAGAAAGAAAUCAGAAUUGGCGAAUCUGGAUAAAAGCAGGUUGCGGCUUUACAAAAACCACAGAUUGGAAACAAGCCACAAAGCUGUGAUCUGGGUACCUCCAGCACAUCAACGCAGUUAAUGCACACAUCAGCUUAAACGUAAACAUCCACACAUAAUGACAUCAACAUCAUGGAUUAUGGCAAGUGCAAGAUUUUUGUUUUUAGUUUUGUCAAAGAUAUUUUUAAUCAGACUCAGGGCUUUUCAGAAAGGACCAAACACUAGAUGCUCUUACGGCAUGCUAGAAACAGGCAAUAUUUGUGUAUUUCUAACUAUGUGUGGAUUGUAAGCCUCACCCCCUACGCCACCUCUGUGUGCACACCUUGAAGGUCUAAAAAAUAACAAAAACCCAGCAUAGAUGCCAGUCUGACUCUCAUAACCAUCUGUGCAGCAAACUGCCUUCUGAUCUCAAAGCCAUUAUCUCCUAUUGUCUUCCAAUGUAUACCCUCAGCUCUUAUUGAGGGAGAGGAAUGUGCGUUCUCAUGUAUCAAUACUUAAUUGCCAAAAUGUCACAACGGGCGUUGAGCUGGGAGAACAUGGCUGAUGUACAGUACAGAGGUUCUUUUUCAAUCUCUGUUUAAAGCAAUAUGAACAUUCUUCUAGUAGCAACGAGUCUUGUCUUCUGAACAUGGGCAGGUCUUCUCGUGUGUAUGUUUCUGUGUGAAUGCUUUUAAAUGUCUUUUGGUCAGUGGGUGAAUGUCCUCAGCAUGGUGCUGCCACACACACACACAAAAAAAAGCUCUUGUGUGACGACCUCAUUCUUCCUUUCUCUGCAAGAUGUUAGUGAUGGUAAUGCUGGCAGAACUUUCAGAUUAUGUUGUUUUAUGUGUUUUAUUUUGUCAACAUGGCCAACGUGUUGCCAGUCCUCUGUUUAUUUCAACUCUUGUCAUACAAAGAAAAGCCAUAUAAACAGUAAGAGGCACAAUAAACUACUUUUGUGAGAGU